AUGGCAGACUCAUUCUCCAGUAGCGGCUGUGCUGACACUGAGGACUGCAGAUCCGCAUCCAACCUGAGCCUCUCUGUGGGCCAUUACCCCUGUGAGGACACCUUCUCCUGUGAGAACACAAUCUCCUGUGAAGACAUGUCUUCCAUGGGUCCCUCAGUCCAUUUAGUUCCUCCUAUUCAAGGGACAUGGCGGACCAAGAGUAUAGGGAGACUCCUGGGGAGACAAGACCAAAUUCAGGACGACCCAGAACAGUUUUGCAAACUAAGCAUCACCCUGGCCUGGGAUAUUGAUAUGGGCUCUAACCAUUCAGAUUCCAUCACUAAUUGGGGUCUACGUGGAGACAACCAGUGGACAGACCUCGAUCCCAAAGAGAAGACACAACCGACUCUUAGCAAACUGGAUGGUCUGGUGCAAAAGCUUGAGAAAUUUUUACAAAAUCAGAAAGAUGAUGAAGAUGAGGAGUCUGUGUUCCCUGAAUCUGCUCAAGAGGAGAAUUUCCAGCUGCCCAGCAGCUCCCCUCCAGAUACGGCUCAAGUCAGUCAUCAAGAACAUGAUACUUGUCAAGAUUUGCCCAAGUUCAACCGACCAGAAUAUGAAGACGUCAUCCGGUUUCCACAGAUUCCUCCAAGGCUUCAGGACUAUGAACUUGCUGAGGUGAGCACAGAGAUGCCUCACAGGCAAGCAGGGGACAAGCCUAGUAGAGGGGCCAGAGUACAACACAUAGAGCACUGCUACCUGCUAUGA